AUGAGCACCACCACUUCAUUAAGAUGUACUAUUCAACUUGGUGACUAUUGCAUAUUAAAAAGGGAUGAAAUCAUGACGAUUGUUGAAGUGAAAGAAGGAGUUAAAAAACGUUUUGCUAAAAAAGAAGUUCAAGUCGAUUCAUUAAUUGGAAAGUCAUUUGGACAAUGGGUUGAAGUUAAAGACAAUAUUUUUGUUGAUGGUAAAUCACCUGAUGAAUUGGUUGCUGAAUUUUGUAUUAACGAUGGAACAAUUACAAAAGAUAAUCGUAACUUACAAGACUCAAAUUCAAAUCAACAAUUAACUGAUCAACAGAUUGUUGAAAUGAAACAAAAUGGAUUAAGUGGUGAAGAAAUUAUUAAAGAAUUAUUAUCUCAUUCAGAUACUUACGAAGGAAAAACAGCAUUUAGUCAAGAAAAAUAUAUUAAAAAGAAAAUUGGAAAACACGUUGCUACAUUUCAAAUAUUAGAAGCAUCUCCAAUUAAUGUUUGUGACUAUUAUAAUUUAAAAGGAAAUUUUAAGGCUGGAAGAGUAAGAGAAGAUAUGUUAUCUUAUAUCAUGUUUCAUUCUGAUUUACGUGAAAGUGUUGGAAUUAUGGAAAACUGUAAUGGACUAAUUCUUGGAAGUGUACUGAGAGCUGUAACUCCAAACGUCAAAGUUUAUACUGUAAAAUAUAGUGGAGAACAAUACAGUCUUGCCACAGUAUUAGCACCUCAUUUUUCUGAGAACUCAACAGAUGAUUAUCAGAAAUAUUCAGUACAAGAAAAGUUAUUACAUUACACUUCAUUUAAAUAUAAUGUUGAUGUUCUUCCACAAGUAAAUUCAUUAAUUAUUGUAACUGAUGUUGAACCAUUUGAAACUGUUAAAACAUUAUUCCCUUCAUUAAAGAAAUCAGGGUCUCUUGUUGUUUAUUGUCAAUACCUUGAUAAAUUAGCUCGAUUAUUUGACUAUUUAUGGAAAAAGAAAUGUAUUGUUUAUGCAGAUGUCAUUGAGCCAUUUACACGAACAAUACAAGUAUUACCAAAUAGAACUCAUCCAAAUGUUUUAAUGGAUUCUAAUGGAGGAUAUUUAUUGUAUGGAAUUAAAGUAGGAGAAAUUUCAAAUUCAGAACCACAAGGUCUACAAGAAGAAAAAGAAAUGAAAGAAGAAAUAAAAGAAAAUAAAGUAAUGCAAGAGGAUUGA